AUGAUUGACGGGCCGCCUUUCCCGCGGCAGCGCGCUGUUGCUGCCGUCGCGAGCGAGCGAGCGCGCGCGCCCGGAGCCGCGAGCUGUUGCCUCGCGCGGCGGCUCGUGCCCUUCUCCGCUGACUGAGGGACGGACGGGCUGACAGGCGGGCGGGCGGACGGUUGUCUCGGCGGCGGCGCCCCCCCCCCGCGCUCCCUUUUCUGCCGCGUGAGGCGAGCACGGAGACCCGGUGAGACUCGAACCCCGCUCCCCCCGCUGAGGCGACCGAGGGGGAGGGAUGUAUGGCGGGGGUCUCUCCCGGAGCGCGGGAAGGGCAGAGCGGGAGAGGCGGCGGCGGCGGGGUGGGGAUGUCCCGAGGCGCCCCCUGCCCUGGGAGGGGAUGGGGUCCUUCUGGCGGCGGCGGGGGCUGAGCCUCCUCCUCCGCAGGUGCGAGGGGCGCCCCGGGGUGUGCCGCGCGUGUGGCGAGGCGCCGAGCGGGUCCGGUGCCAGGGACACCGGGGAGGGCGGGCGGGCGGCCGGCCGGCCAGCGAGCGUGCGGCGCCGAGCGGGGUUCACGCCGGGACAGGGCAGCCUGGGCUGCUGUAAUUGGAAAGCGAAGCGGGGAGGAGGAGGAGGAGGAGGAGGCGAGGGCAGCCCGGAGAAGCCCGGCGGCGCUUGCAAAGCUGGCCUUAUUAUAGCCCCGAGUUUUUCCCAUGAGCUCGGCUUUGGGCCGCCUCUGUGCUCCUCCUUGCAAUUCGUCCAGCGUUUGUGCCUGUGUUGCUUCGUGUUCAAGUGUUUGUGAGUUCUGCUUGCUCCCACAGGAUUAAGGUAACGGCUCCCAUCAUUGUGGAUUUGUGCGUUUGUGUGUGGGGGGUUCAUCUAGGCCGUCCUGGUGGCUGCCAUUGCGUCCUUUGCUGCAGGGGCGGUUGUGCAUGUGCUGAUGUGCUCUCUUCCAGAUCCUUCAGAUGCUCACAACUGUCAGAGAAACAACUAAGAAAAAAAAGGAGGGGGUAUUGAGACCCUGUUCCCUUUCUAUCAGUAUAUCCCCCCUGAGGCUUUAUCAGCAUCUUCAUUGUGCUUUUCUGUCACUCACAACAAAAUUUCUGUAGUCUGCACCACAAGAUUAUGCACAAUCUGUUGCACCAUUGUGCCAGUCAAAUAAGGUGAUUUUCUUUUGUCCAGGUAUAGUUCAGUAAAGAUGUAUUGGGUUCAUACUCUUUAGAGCAGGUGAAUCGUUCAUAGCCCUUGCUCUUAAAUUCAACCAUCUAUACAACCAAACUUGUUGUUCUUCCCCCUUUCUUUCUCACCACAGUCUCCCAUCUCUUUUAGUCAAAGGAUGCUAACUUCUGUAGUCUAUUUCACAAGCAGACCAUUUUGAACCUUUCACCUGGAAUGUCUUCACUGACAACAUCUGCCAAACUACUGUAUUAAAAUUGUUCCUAAAAUAUUGCUUGGGAUCUGCUCUAGGAUGUUGGUACAAGUAAUUGCAGUAAAAUAUGGGGUACUGAAACACCACAAAAGCUAUGUUUGAUUCUCUCCCUCCCUCCAGCUUCUUGAUAUUCACUUAUGUAUCAUUUACAAUGUGUAUUUGGGCCUUGUGGUCAGUGUGGUGGUGGUGUUUUAUUUGUUAAGUAAGUUUAGAUAUUAAUGGCUUAUUCUUUGCAAUGUCUUAGGUACCUCACAUCACUUAGGGACUUCAUUAAACCUCAAUGGUGCACUGUUCUUAGCAAUAUUGUUUCCCCCCACAAUUUUUAAGUGCCUGAAUUGUUUGUUUAGAUCCUUGCAGGCAUGGCCUUUCUUUACAAGAAAAAAGAGGGGGGGGAAAGAAAAAGAAAUAGAAAAGAAAAAAAAUACAAAAUACAGAAAAAAGAUAAAAAAGACAUCAAUCUUUCCAUGCCUUACAUUUCAUUUCCUUGCUUCCCUGACCUCCUCACACCUCCCUUUUUUGUAUUCCAGUUCUAUUGGUUAGUUCAGCAAUUCCUUUCCCUCUUUGCUUUUGUCUUAAUCUUUUAACUUAAUAUAUUAUAACUUUAGAUUUUCACCUGUUAACAAUCCAUUUUUACAUACACCUUUAUAACACUGCUACUAAAACCACUUAACUUCAUUCUGACAUCAUUCUAACAUUCAUUAAUUUUGCAGUAUUUCUGUAAAUAGUCUUUAAAUUUCUUCCAAUCUUCUUCCACUGACUCUUCUCCCUGGUCUCGGAUUCUGCCAGUCAUUUCCGCCAGUUCCAUAUAGUCCAUCACCUUCAUCUGCCAUUCUUCCAGAGUGGGUAAAUCUUGUGUCUUCCAAUACUUUGCAAUAAGUAUUCUUGCUGCUGUUGUGGCAUACAUAAAGAAAAUUCUGUCCUUCUUUGGCACCAAUUGGCCGACCAUGCCCAGGAGAAAGGCCUCUGGUUUCUUCAAGAAGGUAUAUUUAUAUACCUUUUUCAUUUCAACUUUACAAGAAAUUUUACUGGUAUGACUCCGUCUGGCUGACCAGUCUCUGGUGACCAGUCUCUGUUUUCCUUCUUAACUUGUCUUUCCCUAGAAAAUUUGUUUCACAGAAAAUUUAUAUUGUCAAGUGUUCUAGAACUCAAUUCCUGUGUUCCAAAUAAAACCUUUAAUUUUGGAAAUCUGUAUUUGUAAUGAAAGCUUUUAUGUUGUUGGUGGGAGAGGACAAAUAAGAAGAGUGUUUAAAGAAAUCCUUAUGUAAAAUCUUUGUAAUCCAAUUUGCCUUUGGAGAAAGAUUUCUGUAUAGUUCUCUUUGUUCUUAAUGGAUCAUAUUAGGCAGUACAGUACACUAUUGCUGCUGAAAAAUAUGAAGAAUUUGCAACAAUGUUUACAUUUAAAUAAGGAUAGGAUUAUGCUGAUUUGCAGUUUAGACGAAUGAUCGACAAGCUGCUUCUCUAGGAAUGCAGCUGUAAUAAAGUGAUUUAAAUAGUCCACUUCAUUUGAAAAACCCCUUAAAAUUCUGUGUGUCUGCAUCACAUACUGUCUUUAGUUCACCCAGCGGCAAAUGGAUACUUGACCCAGUGAUCUCUAGAUUGAUUAAAGUUGAUACUUGGCAAAACCAUAUCCUUAGAAAUCCUUUGAACUUUGACUACAUCAGUCCAUGAGGUUGAGGAACAGACUUUAUACACUUUUGUAGCAUGAUUUCUGUUCAUGUUUUCAUGCACUCCCACAGAGUGCAGUAGGAUUUACUUCUAAUAUGUGUACAUAUUAUUUCACUUUUAAUUAAAUGUAGUUUGGGGGCUUGAUCUACUUUUGGAAUGUCCCAGUGCAGGAAUUAAUGUGUUAAAUUCCUUGGCUUGGUUCCAAAGGACUACUUUAGGCAAGCUUAGUAAUUUUAUUUUUAAAAAAUUCUGAAUAGUGGAUGAACAUGACAUAUUUCAAGCUGCUUUGGAAACAGCCAAUCUUUGAGAGCUGCUGCUGGAAAAUACAAGCCCAAAGGCCCACUGUAGGUUUGGCAAUGGCUGAAUUACCAGGAAAAGCUAGAGAUUCCUUGAAUAGAAUCCACAAGCCGCACCUCCUGCCUGACCUCCACCAGUUUAGUAUCUUCCACUGAGCCUCAUAAAUCACACAGCGGUGCCUACUCAUAGGAGCUUGUAUAACUGCACUAAAAUAUGAGAAGUAUGUCCUCAUGAGUGUUAUUUUUAGUGUCUUUUUUUUCUUUCAAAAACCUGGGGGCACAAAACAAACAAAACCUUGCAGCAAUAAUCAUCUUCCCCUUUGUUAUCACUAUACUUACGGGAUGUGGGGUCUGCAAAGGGAAAUACCUCAGUUGCUGGGCUCUUUCAUUAGAGAAUCUUUCAGGAAAGUAUUUUUACUAUUUUUAUUCAACAACUGAGAUACAGGGUGGAUAGUACAAGAUAGGAGUGACGAACCUUUCAGGUUGUGAUUUUUUUAUUUGCAUUACACAGACACCCUGCACUAUGCCAGAAUAAUAUUUAAUAACAAUACCACCUCAUUUUAUGGGUUGGAACCUUUUCUGCUACCGCUCCUUAAAUCCUAGAAGGGAACUUUAGGGAAUUCAAUUGUUUUCAUGUCUCCACUCUGGACUUUCACCUCAAAAGAGGCCUGCUAGCCUUAAGCUAUGAGUGGGGAAGCUGUGACCAUUCAGAUGUUGUGGUAUUCCAACUCCUUUCAGCUCCAACCACCAUAGCGAAUGGUGGGAAUUGCAUUCUAACAAUAUCUGAAUGACUGCAGGUUCCCCCAUCCCUAUUCUAAGUGUUUCUUUUGUAGCAGAAGUUCUGUCACUGCCCCAAAAGGCGAUCUAGCCCAAGUUCCUGAUGGCCAUAUGAACUCAACUCAGUCCCCAGGCCCCCACACUCUCAUUUUCCUGCUGGAGUUCAAGAAUUGGCAUAUGUAUGCAGCUGUUCCACUUGGCUAGUAAAUUCCCAGUCUACCAAGACGAAUGCAGCUAGACUUGUGUGCUAGGAAAGUGACUGAAUUGGGAGAACUUUACCAAACCAAGUACAAGGAAGAAGAGGGGCAGGGAGGCAGCUUGCUAAAAAGAGACUCUUCUUUGGGACCUAACAUUGGUGGCUGUAGAUGAUAGACAGCCCGAGCGUAAAAAAGCAAUAUAGAGAUGGAGAAAAGAUUGCCCUUCUCAGCCAUGCACAUACAGUAGCUGUGGAGAGAUUGAGGCAUGGGGAUCAAAUAAUGCCUCCCCCUCUAGACUUCAGAAACAAUACCUAAGAGGGUCAUCAUAAGGGAGGGAGUGCCCCUAGCCCCUCUACACCUUUGGGGUGUAGAACUAGUUGCACAGUUUGUCUGAUUCCUGACAAUAGAGAAAUGACCAGUUGGUUUUCCCAGAAAAAUGGAAUAUCACUGAAUGGGAUGGCAAACUUUUUUAGAAUGAAUGAAAAAUAAUAAUCAUGUAGCAGACCACUUUAUAAAUAAAUUAAAAAGAGACAUCUCUUACUAAUUGAGGGUCCCUCAUGUUACAUGUGUGUCAUUGCAUCACUACAGUGGGGCUCCUUCAUACAUCACUUAAAUAAUGCGAGAAGAUGUAGCACAGAGGUAGGCAGUGUGAUUCCCUGCCAUUUACAAGUCUCAUUGUUCCUGGUUAUUGACCAUGCUGGCUGAGACCUAUGGAUGUUGUAGCACCAUAUUGGCUAUCCCUUAUCUGUGACUCCUUUCCUUGCCAACAUGCCCCAGUUUUCCAGAGGAGCAAUGGUAGCAUAGGGUAAUAAUAAUCUUUUGCUGUGUGAUUCAGUUUGUCACAUUUCCCUAGCCAUGCUGUAACAGUUCUCAUGCUGUAAACAUAAAGUGAGAAAGGGACUGAGCUCUUUUGCUUCAUGAUCACCAUAUUAUUUGUUAAUCUCUGAAUUGUUCAUGUGAUAAAAAGAUAGCCAUUUUGUGUAGAUGACAAGUUUGUGCCAAGUAAAAGAAGCCCUAGGAGGAAUGAGAAAAGUUGUUCUGGCAAACGGGUUCGGUUGAUGUUCCUACCACCAAGUUCUUGGGAAUGUUUGAUAGCAUAUUAUACCCUGGAGACAGUAGCUUGGAUCUGAACAUAUUCUUGUCCUGCCUGUAGACAACCAGGAUACUUAGAAUUGAGUUAGUUCAAAAAUAGCUUUUAUAUGGCAUUCUUAACGAAGGUUUCUAACACAAACAGGCCAGGCAUCAUGAAAACAGUGCAUCUCAGUUCUAGAAGCAGGACAUGUACCAUACAGGUCCACAGCAGAACCUGUCUGCAACUACAUUCAUCUCAAGACUACGAGAAUAAACUUGACUGAGUGGUGGUAUGGCCGCAAUAACAUAUAUGGUGCUUGUGAAAAGGAUGCUUGUAAAUUUGAUCAGUGAUGGAAUUUGCCUAAGAAAGUGAUGGGGAAUAGAAAGAAUAUGACUGGAUUUUGCCUCCCCAAAACCUUCUUGGUUGGUGGGCAGGGCUGUCAGUCAUCUGCUAUCAAGUGGAUGUUAGGUGAACAAAGAGAUCCUGUUUUGGGCGGGAUUCAGCUGCAUUAUGGAGUGCCAAUCAGUUGAUUAGUGAUCACAGUAAGCCACUGCAGAAGAACAUUUUUUUGUCACUAGCUUGAAUUCAAGCUGGCAAUUGACAGCAAGGAAAGGAAGCAUAUUUAAGAGGGUGUUCCUGUUUCUUCAUUUUAGCUCUGGCUUGAAGUUCAUUGUGUCUGAUAUCACAUAUGAUGCCUAAAGUGUGGAAGGUGGACAUGGUUUGCCCAAAGCAGCCUGGCAAGCCAGUCUCCAAUGCUUGGGGGUCUAGUUAGGCUCACCAGUCCUGAUCUAAGCUGUGGAAAAGUUCAUAAGUGAAGCUAUGGUAGCAAAUGAGGCAUAUGUAUAGUAAUGAUGUAGAGAAGCAGGCUCAUAUAUUGCAGAAGUUAGCAUCUCUGUUUCAGAUCAAAUUAACAAAGCUGCAGUUGUGCAGGCAAAGUGCUGCCAUUCAUAGAUCUGCUGGCAGAGGCUACUAGAAAGCAAUGGGAAGUCCUUCUUUUCACUAGCCUUAUGGAUGAAUGAUUUUAUUUACUGCAGUAGAACUUUGCCAUAGACAAGGACUCCACUGUGUACUUAUUUUGUAGUGCCUCAAUAAUAAGCUUUUAUUAUAGAUUCCUAUCAUUUUUCACAUGACAAGAGUAAAGGGUGUAUAAAACAAUGAUGUAUUUCUUCUGUUUAUUUAUUUUUUUAUACUAUUAUUAAUUUUGCACACCGUCCUAUACCCGCAGGUUUCAGGACGGCUCACAGGAUAAAAUCAUGAUAUAAAAACCACAAAAUACAUAAUCAAAAUAAAAGCCCUCCCCCCAAACACAUUUUAAAAGGGCAUAUUUGGAUCGUGUGGCCAUGAUUGAGUAGUACAAAGGAUUAUAAAUAUAAGUGAAUAUAAGAUCUAAUGGUAUAGCUGAGCAUGAAAACUAGUUAAGUAUUUUGAGGAACUGAAUGUUUGAGAUGUACUUAGUAUUGUGACAAUCCUGGAAUUUUUCUGAAGGCUGUAUGUUUUUAUAACCUGUUACAUUACUUAUUUCGCACACAUAUACACACAGAACUCAUCAAUAUUCCAGAGAGAUUAACAAAAUAGGAAGAAUUAUAUGACUCACUUUUGUUGUUCCAAAAAUGUUUUAGUAAAGGCUGUUAUUAUCCAAUAACCUACUUCUCUGAAAUCCUUUGUCAAAUCUAGUAGAAAAGGUCCAAAUCAUAUUUUCACCUUCCUAAAUUAAGAGACAUUCAGCAGCAUUUUAUAUGCAGGCAUCUCAUAGUAUGUGUGGUGUUCCAGAAUGAAAUGAAUAUUAGCUUAAAAACAACAUCUGGGGCUGUCUGUUUAGUCAGCAAGGCGGCUGCUGAGUGGAGCCAAAGAAUUUGAAGGGGAAAAUACUCUUACAAAUAUAGCAAGUGGUAUAAAGCUUUUUGAAUGAUGAUUUAAUAUACUUGGCUCCUUGUUGUAAAACUUUUGGAUCACUUAUGGGUUUAAAUAUAAAAAUGUCCUGCCACUAAAUUGUCCAGCACAAAACAAGUUUUGCUGCUGCUAGAUGAGAAAUGGGAAUGUCUCUCUAAAUGUGCUGAGAUUCAUUUAGUUCAAUGUCCAUAUAAGAUGAUAUACCCUACACUUCUGCGUGCAAAGUUUACCUAGUACCUGACAUGACUAAAACUCAAGUUGUAAAAACUCUGGAUUAUGAACUUCUUUACAAACCGAAAGUUGUGAUUCUUCAAAGAAGCUGUUAUAAAAGUGCUGCCAGAUGAUAUUUUAAACACAGCACCUUAACUGAAACAUGAAACAUUGUUUCAUGGGUUUAGAUUUCAAGCUUUCAUCAAUAUAAUAAAAUAGAGAUUAUUGUUUUAUCAAAUUACUGUAUUGCUUUAGCGUGUUAGCUGUGUAGCUCUUAGCCACACUUUCAGAGUAAUUUUUGGACUAACAUAAACAUGACAUUGUAGAAUGAGGAAAGUUAGAAGGCAUAAAAUAAGAGCAUAUGAUCAUUUAGCUGGGCUGAGUUAAUUAUCCCAGUCAGAUACACAAUUUUGUCUCCCGAAGACAGACUUUGGGGCUCCUUGGUCCCAGUACCAACAUAAUAUAGUAUAUGAUACGUUGUACAUGAUCCAAACUUUAAAUGUCUUUAACCCAGUGCUUUAGAGAACGGAUCAUGUUGUAUUUAGUGGUAAGGUUUACUUCAACAAAUUUGUCUAACCUCUUACGCAUUUUAUUUUAAACUUGUCUCCUUUCUCAGUCACUGCUUUUAUGCUUUUUUGAUCCAAAGUCAUGUGAACAAAGGUCUGCUCUCACAUGGGGCUUCCCCGCCUCUCCUUCCUAUUGCAGCCUCCUACCCCCCUCCUCCCAACCAUCCUGAAGAGUCAAGGGAUCUGCUGGAAUGGGGUAGGUAAAGGCUAUGGGGGGGGGGGGAGGAAUGGGCAUGAAAGCCCCAUUGUGUGUGAGCAGCCUUCUCAUGCAACUCUGGAUCCAGCUCCCCUGCCUUUAAGUCACUUUCAGCUUUGUAAGCAACCUGUUUCCCUUUAAAAGUACACAAUAAAAAACAAAACAUUUCCCUAGAACCUACAACUGUAAAGUGGAUGGAAAAAACCUGCUAGUUUGUUGAUAGUAGUGGUGGACAAACAUGAGGUUAUGUGAAGAAGAGACUUGUAUUUUGACAACUAACUUAAUCAGAUAUUUAUAUUUUGCCAGCAUUAAAAAAGCACUUUGAAAGCUAGUAGUGUUAAAAUGUAAGGUUUAUUUGUUGUCCCUGCAAUUUAUUUAAUGGGUAUAUUCUAGUACUUCCAGUGGAGCAGUUAGAGAGCAGUUUACCUGAAAUAAGUUGCAUGUAUGUUCCUUAGAUUUCACAGUAGAUCAUUAUGUCUUAAAAUAAAUGAACAGGAAGAGGAAACACAACUUUAAACUUUUUUUGUGCACUGGAACACUGGUAAUUCUGCGAAAAUGCAAUCUAGAGGACACAAGUGUUUAUUGUUGUUAUUAUUAUACAAAUACUAUUGUGCAUAAUUGUAUUUGGUUUUCUAUGAAUAGGUCUACACUGGUUUCUUUCACAUCUGUCUAAAGAUAUCUAAAGGUUUUGCAUGCCUUUGACAUUGUACCCAGCCUUAUGCUAAAGACAUCCACUUGGACUCUGUGUGAAAACCCAUUAACUUUGAAGAUUGCAGCCCACUCCUAAACAUGUUUGCUUCGUGCAAGUCUCACUUAACACAUACUUGAUGGUCAUAACUUCAGAUGGCCUUACUCUGUAAAGAGUUGCUUCACAAAAUGGCAUCUUCUGUUAUGUGUAUUUUAUGUAGAGUUUAUACAUAUACUGCAAAUAGAAAAACUGGUCCCAAGAAAGUUAUUUGUGUCUCUUACAGAAAGAAAUGAAGUGUAA